AUGAAGGUCCUCUGUGUGGCUGAGAAGCCAUCUAUCUCCAAGGCUGUAGCUACCCAUCUUGCUGGAGGCCGUGUUGAAACGCACAAUACGAGGAACAAGUACAUCAAAAACUACGGGUUCGAUUUUGACUUUGGUCAACAAUUGGGUCAAUGCUCUGUCACUAUGACUUGUGUCACUGGGCACUUAACCAGUGUCGACUUUACACCCGCAAACAAAAACUGGUACUCGCCUCCUCCAGAGUCUCUGUUCAGUGCCCCAAUCGUUACAAAUAUUAGCGAAGAUAAGAAGACGAUCGCCCAAAACUUGGAGUCUCAAGCGAGAUAUGCACAAACUCUAAUAAUCUGGACCGAUUGCGAUCGUGAAGGCGAACAUAUCGGUAAUGAAAUCGUCGAAGCUGCUCGAAAAGGCAAGCCAGGUAUACGGGUACUGCGAGCAAGAUUUAGCAAUGUCGAAAGAGCGCAUGUUAUAACAGCAGCCAGGAACCUGGCAACUUUGGACGAAAGGCAAGUCCAUGCCGUAGCUACAAGAAUAGAGCUCGAUUUGCGCAUUGGAUAUGCGUUCACUCGCUUCCUUACGAAUAACCUACGACAGCUUGGGGGACCACUGGAAAAGCUGACUCUCAGCUAUGGAUCAUGUCAAUUUCCAACGCUUGGCUUCGUUGUUGACCGCUACUUUCGUGUCAAGAACUUCGUCCCGGAACCGUUCUGGAGCAUAAAGCUGAUGCACAACCGAGAGGGCAAAAAGGUGAACUUUUCUUGGUUACGGAAUAGGCUUUUCGACCGGAUGUCCACGGUUAUAUUGUAUGAAAGGUGCCUUGCAGCAAAAAUGGCAACUGUCACGAAGGUUCAACAGAAGCCUACUCGCAAAUUUAAACCACUGCCUCUGACAACCGUUGAGCUACAAAAGGCUGCGACGAGGUUAUUGCACAUGAGUGGACAACAGGCCAUGACCAUCGCCGAAGGACUCUACAACAAAGGAUUUAUCAGCUACCCCAGAACUGAGACUGAUCGCUUUGACCGAGGGAUGAAUCUCCGGACCUUGGUCGAUAAACAGACACCCGACCAAAGAUGGGGCCCAUUCGCACAGAACCUCGUCAAUGGUGCUUUUCAACAGCCAAGGGAGGGAAGACACGACGAUAAAGCGCACCCCCCUAUCCAUCCUAUUACAUAUGCUUCUCCCUCUGUCUUGAACCGUGAUGAAGGUCGGUUAUACGAGUAUGUUGUUCGCCGCUUUCUUGCCUGUUGCUCAGAUGAUGCCAAGGGCAUGGCAACUGAUGUUGAGGUUGAAUUUGGAGAGGAGUGUUUCAAUGCUCAUGGAGUCAUUGUUCUUGAGAGAAAUUACCUUGACGUGUUUGUCUAUGAGAAAUGGAAUAACACAGUGGAGCUACCGAAGUUCACAGAAGGAGAGCGAUUCCAGCCGACUGAAGCCUUGAUGACGGAAGGCAAAACUACAGCUCCAGGCUAUCUCACCGAGGCUGAUCUGAUUGCUCUCAUGGAUGCCAACGGGAUCGGCACAGAUGCUACCAUGGCUGAGCAUAUUCAAAAGAUUCAAGACAGAGAGUACGCUGCUACGAUAAAUCAAUCAGGCCAAGCACCGGCAGAUGAUGAAGAUUCGGACACUGGUCCGUCCACAAGAGGGCGCGGCCGUGGCCGUGGCGGUAGAGGAAGCAGAGGCGGACGCGGAGGCGCAUCCGCGUCAGGAGGUCGUGGCGGGAUAAAGGUCUUCGUCCCUACACAGCUUGGUGUAGCCCUGAUCUUGGGAUUCGAUCGAAUGAACUUUGAGACCAGUCUCGGCAAGCCAUUUCUACGGAAGGAGAUGGAAAUCAAGAUGAAGGCUAUCUGUGACGGUCACACAAACAAGGAAACCGUCCUGCGAGAAAGUCUCGCCCAAUACAAGCUUGUGUUCGAGCAAUCCCAACAGCAGUUAGGGGUUCUGCGAAGGGCUUGCCGCGAAUUCGUCUUUGCUUCGUGA